CAGCGCGUCGCUGCUUUGAGCAUUCGCUCCCACUCGGACGCAUAUUCAUUCAAUACGAAGCGGCAAUGGCAGCACUGAGGACGGCGCUCCGUAGACGGCUCAGUCGACCCCUAACCUUCGGGUCCUUGCGUUUCGCCAGCUCCUCUUUCAAGGCCUCAGAGUUGAUGGUCGAGCGUAGUGGUGUGACCAGGCCUAAGCCUGAGUCCUCUACCCUCGUGUUUGGAAAGCAGUUCUCCGACCACAUGCUGACCAUUAACUGGACCGAGCAAGGGGGCUGGGAGACGCCCCAAAUCAAGCCUUUCCAAAAUCUGUCCCUGCACCCUGCGGCUUCGGCUCUGCACUACUCCAUAGAGCUCUUUGAAGGGAUGAAGGCUUUCCGGGGAGUGGAUGGCCGCAUUCGAUUCUUCAGGCCCAUGCUGAACAUGCAGAGAAUGUCCCGGAGCUCGGAGAGGAGCUGCCUGCCUCCCUUUGAUAAGGUGGAGUUACUGGACUGCAUCAGGAAGCUGGUGGAGCUGGAUCAGGACUGGGUUCCCCAUUCCACCGAUGCCAGCCUCUACAUCAGACCUACCUUCAUUGGCACCGAGCCUUCCCUGGGGGUGACACGGGCCUGCCACGCUCUGCUCUUUGUGAUCAUCGGCCCCGUGGGACCCUACUUCGCCACCGGGGCCUUCAACCCUGUGUCACUCAUGGCAGACCCAAGCUUCGUCAGGGCCUGGAGGGGCGGCGUCGGGGAGUACAAGAUGGGGGGGAACUACGGUCCCACGAUCGCUGUGCAGACGGAGGCGGUGAAGCGUGGCAGCCAGCAGGUGCUCUGGCUGUACGGAGAGCGGGAGGAGAUCACCGAGGUGGGCACCAUGAACCUCUUCAUCUACUGGACCACCAAGGACGGAGAGAGAGAGCUCAUCACUCCACCUCUGGAUGGGAUCAUCCUCCCUGGAGUCACUAGGCAGUCGCUGCUGGAUUUGGCCCGGGAUUGGGGCGAGUUUAAAGUGACCGAGCGCACCCUGGAGAUGAAGGAGCUGCUCCAGGCCUUGGACUCUGGGCGCGUUUUGGAGGUGUUCGGUUCUGGAACAGCUUGUGUGGUCUGUCCCGUUGGCAGCCUGCUCUACAGAGAAAAGACCUAUGAAAUUCCGACCAUGAAGAACGGUCCAGACCUGGCCAAACGAUUUUAUAAGGAGCUCACGGACAUACAGUACGGAAGGACAAAGUCUGACUGGGCGCCAUUGGUCUUUUAAUCGAUUGUCCUUAAAGGUCACCUGUCAGUCAAGGCCAGCUUCACUAAUCACUGCAAAGGAUUGGAUCUUCUAGACUUCCAACUCCACCCACCAUUGCACUUUGAGUUGAUUGGCUAGGCAGCUGAGAUGGGCAGGUUCUGUGUGUAAGUCCGGGUGGCAGUUGGACUAUAACUGCCCUCAGUUUCAUUCUCCUUGUUAACUUUUAAAAGGGAUAGGUGUUAGGUAAGUUCAGUAUCUACAGCUGCUCUGCGUAUUGGGGAAAAACGUUUCAGUUUCAAUGUAAAUAUGUAUUUUUUCUAAUCUGUACAGUGCAAAUCAAUUCUUAUUCACUCAUUACUCCAUGCAGUUACCUGACAGGAAGCUGCCUCGCUACUCUAGAGAAGCAGAAAUGCACCACAAACUGACAAACAAAAUGCUAAUGUGAAAUUGCACAAUGGGUGCAUUUAUGCAGCUAUGGUAAUGUCGUAGCUAGUAUGCUGGUGUUACUAAAAUGGUUAUAUUUGCCCUUAAAUUUAUUUUUUAACAGGAAACCAUAUGCAGUUUCGUUUUUGUACGUAUAUAUGCAGAAGGACACAUAUAAGUGCAGUAAUGUCUGAGAUGUGUAAACUUGAAAUGCAGGUUUGAAUGCGGAAGUGUUUUUGUUUAUGAGUUUUACUGUUACACUAUUACACUAUUUAUGAACAUAAUAUUUAACCUGUGGUGCUUCUUAACAAUGUCAUGUUAAAAUGGUUUUAUGUUGACCCACAUGUUUUAAGCUGUGUAUGGAUAUACAUAUCAUUUGUAUAUGUGCAAAUCCGCUGGAAAAGUUUGGAGAAUAUACCACUAAGGCAAUGAUACUGUUGACCAAUACGAGAGGGUGAUCAAAAGUCGAAUCACGCACAUACGCACAAAAAACCCCUGAAAUAAACGAAGAGGCAGAUGACACAACAAGGAACAAAGAACGACCUUGAAAAACCAAGGACUGAAACUCCUCUUCAAACUGAUGCUAAUGGCGCCAAUGCACUUGACGUUGUGUGUGUGAACAUGUGUCUAGUUUAAAGUAAUGCUAACUUAUUUUUUGUCCUCGGAACGGUACUCUGGCUUGUGGGUUUUCAGGCUUUCUGUGUGUUUUUAUUUUUAUUUUUGGUUAAUUAUUUUUAAAAAUGUGUCCUUUCUUUUAUCGGCACUCCUGUCUCUUACCUGCUCCCUGAAACGCUCCUGUCUUCCCUUCUGCGGAAGUGCCUGGUUCCAUGUAGCCGGUUCUUGCGGCGUUCUCACGCCACUCCACGGUUUACCACCAUCAGUGGUCCUGUCCUCUUGUAAGGACUUAACGUUGUUACUGAAGCUGUGUCCCAACUGUAUUUUUACAAUAAACGUUUGCUUUCUGCUCAAAA